GGUAAAUCAUGUGACUAAAGUCUGACAUGUGACUAAAGUCUGACAUGAGACGAUAGUGUGACAUGAGACGAUAGUGUGACAUGAGACGAUAGUGUGACAUGAGACGAUAGUGUGACAUGAGACGAUAGUGUGAAGAGAAGUGUCGCUUUGUGAAGUUCUUGUGAACAAGUCGGGAUGAUGGGGCUGACAAAAACACGCUCUUGCAGCGUUGUGUUGCUGAUUAUCGGGGCAAUUGAUACAGCGUUCUCGAAUCCCUUACAAUCUAAAGAAUCCUGGGGCUAUGUUGACGUGCGCGAGGGGGCACAUAUGUUCUGGUGGCUCUACAACGCUGACAGCCCGUCCGCCAGCUACUCCCAGCUGCCCCUGGUGAUGUGGCUGCAGGGCGGCCCGGGAGGAUCAGGCUGUGGCUUUGGGAACUUUGAAGAGAUCGGACCCCUGGACAGAGACCUUGGGCCUAGGAAAACCUCCUGGGUCCAGUACUCGAGUGUAUUGUUUGUUGAUAACCCGGUAGGAACAGGCUUCAGCUAUACGGACACAGACAAGGCCUUCGCUACUGACGUGGCUACUGUCGCCUCCGACAUGCUGGUGCUGCUCAAACACUUCUUCGACAAGAAGGAAGAGUUCCAGAGUGUGCCCUUCUACAUAUUCUCUGAGUCCUAUGGAGGGAAGAUGGCUGCUGUGAUCUCACUGGAACUCUCUAAGGCUGUAGAAAAAGGAACCGUGAAAUGUAACUUUGCUGGAGUGGCUCUGGGGGACUCUUGGAUCUCUCCACUGGACUCUGUUAUGACCUGGGGACCUUAUCUUUACACCACGUCCCUGCUAGAUGACUACGGCCUGGGGGAGGUGAACAGUGCAGCGGAGGCGGUGAAGCAGGCGGUGGAUCAGGGGCAGUACCUGAAGGCCACAGAGCUCUGGUCUGUCACUGAGAGUGUUGUGGAACAGAACACAAAUGGAGUCAACUUCUACAACAUCCUCACCCAGGAACCUGAUGAGAAGAUGACCUCCGUGGCUGGAGAAGGAUACCUCUCCCUGCUGAUGCGCCGUCACAUUCGCCCCCUCCACCGCCAAUCACUGAGCCAGUUGAUGAACGGGCCAAUCAGGAAGAAGCUGGGAAUCAUCCCUCAGAACGUCACCUGGGGAGGUCAGGCUGAUGCAGUGUUCAGCAGCAUGUCAGGUGACUUCAUGAAACCAGUGGUGGACGUGGUGGAUCAGCUGUUGGAUGCUGGGGUCAACGUCACCGUCUACAACGGACAGCUAGACCUCAUAGUGGACACCAUGGGUCAGGAGCAAUGGGUGAAGCAGCUGAAGUGGGUGGGGCUCCAGAGCUUCAGCCAAAUGAGAUGGACGGCCAUGGAUGACCCCGCCUUCCCGGGUGUAACCGGUGCCUUCUACAAGACAUACAAGAACUUCUCCUUCUACUGGAUCCUCAAGGCUGGACACAUGAUCCCCUCGGACCAGGGACCCAUGGCACUGCAGAUGCUGAAGAUGAUCACACAGCAGGACUAACACACACCAUAACACACACACACCAUAACACACACACACACACCAUAACACACACACACACCAUAACACACACACACCACAACACACACCAUAACACACACACUCCAUAACACACACUAGAGCUGGACGAUAUAAGGGAAAGAAAUCCAGAUUGUGAUCAAUUUAAAUUUUUGUAUAAAUCAAAUCAAAUUUUA